UUCUCUCUUUCUAAAGAUCUGCGUUUUUACUUGAAUCGGAGUUUAAAUCAACAAUUUUUUUACCUUUCUCCUGGGUACUAAUAAUAAAUCACGGAUCUUUCGUUUCAUAUAUAUCCGUUGGAAAAUAAAAUUUUCACCGCUUUUGAUUUCUCUACUGUAGGGUUUUAGGUUGUAGGUGUGUUUGUUUCUUUCUCUGGGUUUUAUCCUUUCAGUAUUUUGUCACUUAUCUCUUCUGGGUUGUGUCUCUUUUGAAGAACAGGAACAGUGAAAGGCGUGAUUUUUGGGUCUCUGAGCUAGAUAUCGGAAUACCAAAAGGCGUUUGUAACGCGGCUUUAUGUCGGCUUUGUCUGAAUCGGCUGUGAUUUUGUCUCUGUUUCAAGUCUCUUUUACGAAUCAGUCGUCUCCUUCCUCGUCUGUCUUGUUCUUUGGUCUGACUCUGACCGCUGUUCUUAACGCUCUUCGCUUCUGCUCGAAACAGAGGCUUAUUCUUGAGGUUCCUUCCAUUUCCAUGGGCUUAAGACUAAAAAGGACUUGUUCUGGCGUUGAAGUAUUUGGGGGUUUUCACGAAAAGCAAAAAAUACCUUUUUUCAUAGUUCGCUGAAACAGAAGCUUUGAAGUUUCGUAUCUGAUUCAGCACUUUUGAUCAGAGAUUUUGAGUGUGUAUUUUGCUGUUUUUCGUGGUGUUUUUGAAUUGUGAAUCAGAUAUGAAGUCCUCUGUGCAUCCUAAGAGAUUGUUGAGAAAAGUUAGUGUUAUUGUCAGUGAUCCUGAUGCUACUGAUGAUGAUUCCUCUGGCGAUGAAUGGCUCAGUUUACCUAGACCUCGAAAGGUAAAGCGUAUUGUCCAUGAGAUUACUUUCCUAUCUGAGUACUCUGAGAGUUCUCGAGAUAGUUGCAAUGGUGUCAAAACGUCUAGAAAGACAUCUACUAGGCAAGCUAAGUAUCCUGUGGGAGUUAGGCAGAGGCCAUCAGGCAGAUUUGCUGCUGAGAUUAUGAACCCCAUCACUAGAACUAAGAAAUGGUUGGGUACUUAUGGAACUAUUGAAGAAGCUGAGAAGGCUUAUGUUGACAAAAAGGUUGAGUAUGAUACAUUUGCCACUUCAUGUUCUACUGUUUCAUCAUCGGUUAUAUCAGUGACUAGCCAGUGCUUGCGUUCUCCUGCUUCUGCUUCUGUUUCUUGUGUCAGUGUUGAUGAUUUGUCUAAAGGAAAGAUGUCUCUGAACAAAGAUGUUGCUGCGUCUGGUGAAUCAACCAAGGAAGUGUUUGCCAGUUUCGACUUUUCGGAUCUGCAAAUCCCUGAUCUAAGCUUCUUAUCAGCGGAAGAGGAUUCUAUGGUUUCUGGUGCAAAUGAUGCAGAGCUAGACUUUGACUGUUUCCUUACUGCUGAAUCUGACUAUCUGCUGGAUGAUUACUCUUUGCUCGAUGAUGAUAUCAACAUCAGCGGGUUUGAAAACAGCAUUCCAAGUGAGCUACCUGAAUGCGAUUUCACUGAUAUGGAUCUCGCGCUUGGUGAUUUGAAGUUUGCCUAUGCCGAUCAACUCACGCCGCCUCCCAACAUCGCUUUUGAAUAAUAAGAGUCAAUUUCAAUAAAUACAACACAUACUGCGAAAGCUCGUGUCUAGUUUACGACUUGUUAGCUUCGUUUUCUGUUUCGCAUAAACAUGAUGAAGAAGCUAGAAAGUAUGAUCCUUGCAUUCUGAUCUCCUUUGGAUUUUUCAUGUUCUUUUAGAGCAGUCCAAAGGGAGUGAUUUCCAAAGAUUAGGAUGUUGGUUUCACUUUCUUCAAUCUUUGUGUUUUUCUCUAUAUCCUUAAUUCCUUAUGUAUUGUUCUUUGUUAGUCUUGGUAUCUCUUUUGUCUCUUCGUGUCGUACCUUUCUUUUGUAAUGUUGUCUAAUCAGGAGAUAAAUUCUCUGUCACUGAGAGAUUCUACAGCA